AUGGCCUCCUCUCCAAAGCUCACACUCACCAGCGGUGCUGCUCUCUCUGACCCCACUCCUUUUUGGAAACUCUUUGAGAGCCUGCAAUACCUGCAGUUCACACGUCUGGAUAUCGCAUAUGCGGUCAACCGGCUCUCGCAGUUUAUGCAUCGUCCCACUGAUGCUCAUUGGCAGGCUACGAAAAGGAUCUUGAGAUACUUGCAGGCUACGCCAGAACAUGGCCUCUACUUCUCAGCGAACAACCCGCUACGUCUCCAUGCCUUCAGUGAUGCUGAUUGGGCCGGCGAUUCAGACGAUUAUGUGUCUACUAACGCACAUAUUGUGUACCUCGGUAGGACACCAGUAUCAUGGUCAUCAAAGAAGCAGUCUGGUGUUGCUCGGUUAAGCACUGAGGCAGAAUACCGCUCUGUUGCAAACACUUCUGCAGAGAUCAGGUGGAUCUGCAACCUUCUCACCGAGCUCGGCAUUGAUAUUUCGUCCCCACCAGUUAUCUACUGCGACAACCUUGGUGCUACGUUUCUUUGCCACAACUAG